AGGUCAGAGCUGAAGACAGCGCAUAGGUAUUGAUUGAUCCUUAUGCUCUGUGCUGAAACUGGUGUCGAUAUACCCAAUAUACCCACCCCAUUCCCUCCAUCGAAUUGUCGAUCAACCGCCUAUUUGCCGCCCAAUCCCCCGUAUACCAGGUACAUGUACGUGCACCGCAAUUACAUGCGUGACCACUCCCCCAGCUCUGUAUAGACGCGCAACUCGGAUAGCAGCAGCCAUGGCGCUCAACCUCGAAAAGCAGUUUACCUUUUAUGGUGCCUACCACCAUAAUCCAGUAAGGGAUCUCCGGCAAAACCGACCCUCUGUCUAGAUCCUAUAUACUAAAUCUAAUCAUACCCUCUCUAUCCGUCCUAACACAUCUCGAUUAAUUAUGCAGGUGAACGUAGCAAUCCAUAUCGUAUUUGUCCCGGUGAUAAUGCUCUGCAUGUUCCAGCUGGCCACAAACACAGGGCCCCUCAUCUCUCUCCCGGACUCCUUAUCCAUCAAAACCUUCCCCCCAAACCUCGGAACCAUGGCCUGUCUCCUCUACACAACCCUCUACAUCCUCAUGGAGCCCGUAGCCGGCACCCUCCUUGCCCCGCUACUGGUCGGUGGCACCGUUUUCGUCAACCACCUCACAAUCACCUACGGUUCCAUAGCGACAUAUUGGGGUCUAGGCAUCCAGGCAGUCGCGUGGGUAGCGCAGUUUGUCGGGCAUGGCGCGUUCGAAAGGAGAGCGCCCGCGUUGCUGGAUAAUUUGAUGCAAGCGUUUUUCCUCGCGCCGUUUUUUGUGUGGCUUGAAGUGCUGUUUUCGCUUGGGUACCGGCCGCAGCUAAAGGCGAGGAUUAAUCAUGCGGUUCUGAAGGAGAUUGCGAAGUUUAAGGAGGUGAAAGGGAAGAAUUAGGUAGGUAUUGGGAUUUCCUCGGUUCCCACGCCCUAAAUACCCUCCUCCAUGCCUCUCUUUCUCUCUCUGUUUUUUCUUUGGUUUUAAGCGACUGGCUCGAGCCGUGUGUGCUCUUUUUAUGGCUGGGCUUCCGUCAUCUGCAUAUACAGGGUCAAGCGGGGGGGUUUAUGGGAAGCAAAGUGUGGUACGGUAUUGUGAUGAUUGAUGCGGUGUGAGGACGAUUGGAAAGAAGCGGGUCACAUUGAGUCAACGCUUUCGUAUCCAUAUUCUUCGGAAGGGUAUUGUUUCUUCCUUCUGCAACUCCCGAACAUUGCUUGUUCUCCUCUCCAUGAUAAUACUUUCAUCAUUAUGAUUAUUCAUCUGCAUUGGACGAUUUACACGACGGAUCAUGUGUCAAAUGGGCGUUAAUUAAUAUCUCUUUUAUAGCCUAGUAUAUGUUAUUGCCAUUGAUGCUUGCAGUUGCAAAAUGUAAUUAUUGUCCGAAUAUGAAUUCCAAUAUCC